AUGAAUUCCCAGGUGCAGCAGAACUACCACGUGGACUGUGAGGCUGCUGUGAACCACAUGGUCAACCUGGAGCUUCAUGUCAGUUACGUCUAUCUUUCCAUGUCCUACUACUUCAGCCGUGAUGAUGUUGCCCUCAAGCAUGUAGCUACAUUCUUGAAAGAGGAAUCACUCAAGAAGAGGGGAUAUGCAGAGAUGUUAUUGAAAUACCAGAACAAGCGAGGGGGGUGCAUCGUUCUUCAAGACAUUCAGAAGCCAGAGCAGGAUGAGUGGCAGUCUAGCCUUGAAGCCUUCCAGAGUGCCCUAAGCCUGGAAGGAAAGGUGAACCAAGGUCUCCUGGACUUACACAAGCUGGCUCUGGAGAAGGAGGAUCCUCAUCUGUGUCACUUUCUAAAGUCUGAGUUUUUGGAGGAACAAGUGAAGGCCAUCAAGCAGUUGGCAGACCAUCUAUCUAACUUGAGGCGCCUGGGAGUGCCCCAGGAUGGCUUGGGAGAGCACCUCUUUGACAAGCUCACCCUGGGGGCGUGCAGCUGAAAUGGCAAAGGACAUGCCCCAAAUCAGCGGCUAUUAGUUAUACACGAAGCCUUUGCAA